GCAAAAUCGAGCCAGAAACGUCAAUUGCGUAUUAAAGCGCAAAGUCAAAAUGGCCGAGCAGCAAGUCAUCCCGGCACGUCACGGCGUCGCGACCUUUGUGCCUGCCGGAUCAAGUAUCAAAAUCGUCAACACUUCUGGAACUCAAGUUGUCGAUACAUGGGCUUUCGCUCUUCCGCAGCCGGCACCCAGAAAAGAUGUAGAGGAAAACGCAAAAUCGAAAGAGGAGAUUGGCAAGCAAGAAACAGCAAAGGCUGCAGAGAAAGUCAAGGGCAAAAGCGGCAAUGAUUUGCCCUCACAAGAAGAAGCUGAGCAGGCGACAAGAGAAGCACACGAACAAGCCGAACAACAAGAUGGCCAGAAGAAGUCUGGUUGGAGUUCCUACAUCCCAUCUGUCCCAACCCUAGGCCUCGGAGGGAAGAAAGACGACACCGCAUCAUCAACGCAACAGAACACAACCGACUCCGCCCAAACCCAACAACAAAAAAACUCCAAAUCCUGGGCCUCAUACUUCAAACCCGGCAAAGGCUUCUCCUCCUACAUCCCCGAAGCAGCAACCGAUACCGUCUCAAAAUUCAUGAGCGCGCACUCCCGCGAUCCAAACAAAACCUAUCUCGAACAACUCACUGAUUUCUCCAAAACGCCCGUCGGAGCAGCUGGAAUGUCCGCUUUCACGGGCUCAGGCUAUUCAGGUUCUUUUUACGCGGGCUAUCAGGCUUACAAUGCGAAGAACGCAGCUGAUGCACCGAAUAUGGAAUAUUUGAGUUUAUCCCAUUCACGAGCUGCGACGUUACAUUUAGUUCCGAGAAAAGGUGAUACUCUGGUGACGAAUUUACGAGAGCCGAUUUUGACGGUUUUGGAGGAUCGGUCGGUGGGGGUGCACGAUACGUUGAUUCCGGCUUGUGAUCCGCAGCGGUAUCGAGGAUUGGGAGUAGAAAAAUGGGAGGAACAUGGAUCUUGCGCGGAGAAUUUGGUUCUGGCGUUGAAAGAGUUGAAUGAGAGGGCCGGGUUGAAAGGCGCGAAAGCGAUUGGAGCGGAUGUCACGAUUAAUAGUGUGCCGGCUCCGUUGAAUUUGUUUAUGAAUAUUCCUUGGACGGAUGAUGGGGAGAUUAGUUUUGAGGGGCCGAAGGGGAAGGCUGGGGAUUAUGUGAGGUUUAAGGCGGAGAGGGAUGUGGUUGUUGUUAUGUCUGCUUGUCCGAAUGAUGUGAAUGGCAUCAAUGGGACGAAUAUCACGGAUGCGAACUUUAUUGUUCAGGAGGAGGGCGCGAGUGAAGCGAUUAAGAGGACGCAGCCUAAGAAGAAGACUGUGCCGAAGAUGAAAACUGCUCCGACGCCAGCAGCCAAUAAGUCGCCGGCCGCCGCUGCGCCAAAGAAGAAGGCUCCGCCUCCAAGUGCUCCUCCUCCAGCGAAGAAGACCGCCGCUGCGCAGUCUCCUCCAGCACCAAAGGCUGCUCCGCCUGCAAAGAAGCCUCCUCCAGCUAAAGCGCCUCCUUCAGCUACCAAGACUUCGACGCCCGUGAAGCCUGUCAAGAAGCCGGCACCACCUCCGGUCAAGCCACAGACGAACGGCGACUCACCUGCUGCCACUCCUGCGGUGAAGAAGAAGCCUCGUAAGCUUGUCAGGCAGCCAACAGAGUCCUAGUUCAGGGCUGCCAGUUCCGAGGUGGCUACAUACGACGCAUUAGCAUGAAGUACGGAAUAACGAAGGGAAGAAACAGUACAACUGAGGAGAAGCUGGAUGUGAACUGUAUUCAUCUAUACUCUGUAUCUAGGAAGCAAUGUACAAUAAACCACC